GCAGACCACAAUAACAAUGGUGGAGGCAAAGCGAAAGCAGCGGGCGGAGGGCGCGGACGAAGACGACGCUGACCCACCAAGGAGGCUGGUGAAGCGGAUCAGGACAGCUAGGGCAGCGCCCAGGUCGGCUGCCAAAGCGACGACGAGCAAUGCCGCUAGACAAGUGUCAAACCAGGACGUCGAGUCUCCAGGGUUCCUACUGCCAGUGGCCGAGUCCCUUGGUUCUGACGGAGAAAUCGGAGAAGAGGUUGACGACGUCGGCGUGCCCCCCGGCACACGCGGCCAAAGACGUUCCGCGGAGGCGAUUUUCGACGCCUUUAUGACCGAGGCCAACUACACUUGGGACACUGUGCGAGAGGACUGGAAGAAGACCAGAGCGGCAGAGGUCGAGAGCAGUGCGCUCCCACGCCGCAACAUCUACACGAUUCUUCACAACUUUGUCGUGUUCCUCUACAACCGCACGUCCAAGCGGUCGAAGAACAGCGAGGGCGUGCUCUCGUUGGGCACUGCAGACAACUAUCUCUCGCAGAUCAAGAACCGCAUGAUACAGGACUUCAGCGCAACGAGCCUCAGGAACUCGGCGCGGUGCACGAAGAUUCGUAGUUUCUUAAGACACAAGUUUACGGACCGAGCAGGCCAGAAGCAACUCUUCCAGCAGCAAGCGCCUGCCAUGACCGUCCAAGACGUCAACAUUCUCGGCAGCAUGCUACACAAGAGAGGCGACAAAAAGUCGAUUCACGUGGCGUGCACUCUCACCAUCAUGUGGCACAUGCUUGGGCGUGCUAUUGAUUCGUGCUGGCUAACGCGGCAACAGCUCUCGAUCGUGCCCGGUGGCGAUCUGUUUGUCAACUUUGCCCGACUGAAGACGUCGUCGCUGCAAGGAGUUGCGCUUGUUCCACAUAAGACUGAUCCGUUGCUAUGCCCAUUUGUGGCUCUCGCUGUCCUGCUCGUUACAUCCGAGCCGAGCCCACUUGUUAUCGAGCUCGUCCGCGACCAAGGGUCUUCGACUCGCGACAUGGAGGACGUUGGGGCUAUAUCCCAGCUCGAGGCUUCCAUCGAGGGCAUCGCGGACGACCUUGGAGAGACACCGGAGUUUGACGACGACGAGCCCGAUGAUGCCGGCGCAGAGGCAAAAGCGGCCAGGGCCAAGAUCCAGGCCGACAGAAAGAGACCAUCGAUGGCCCAGCUACUCAACGCCCAACUGAAGGACCUCGAGCGCGAGUACAAGGGAAGCGGGGUUGUUGACGAGCUGGACUCUGUCGGUCUCACACCCGGCCUGCAGUUGCACUCGGUUUGUCGAGGCUCUGCGGCGUGUGCCAGUUCCUCGCACAAUAUCAACAUGCAAUGGAUUUGCACGCGCGGCCAUUGGCCGAUGGACUCUCUGAGCAAAGCAUUUGCAUACAUUGGAACCACCCUACAGGACGAUAAAAAAAUCGCCAAGUGUCUCUCCGGUUGGGACCCCGAGGCGACGGUGAUUCCGCCGUCGUUGAAGCCAGUGACCGACACGCACACAGAGCAAGACAACGCGGCGCUGCUCCGUUUCAAGCACAGAGUCUUCAAGAACGCACUCGGGUUCAACGGCACACAGGAGCGCUCCAACGUGCCCAACGCCGUGUGCAACGCUCUCUUCGCAUCCUUGCUCAUGCACCUCCCGUUCCUCCUCGAGCUGAGCCCAACGUCGGACCUCGCACGCGUCGUUCGGGGCGCGUGCGAUGAAUCGCGCUGCUCGCUUGAGCAGCUGAAGGCGGCGUCUGACACGAUUCGCCAGAAGUUCGAGUCGGAUCACCCUCGACACGAAUGCAAGACGUGCGACAUCCCGAUGCAGUUCCGCGAGCUGCACGCGAAGUUGGAUGUGCUGCAGGCUAGUUUCGAGCGCUUCACGCAGGUCAUGCUGCAACAGCAACAGUUGUCGUCUGGUGGCUCGCAGCCGCCACUGGCACCGGCACUCGUGGAGAGCCCACCAGCUGCGAUCGCACCACUCGCAGCGACACCGAUGCAUUGGCUCGACACCUACAACAAGAUUACGCCCAAAACCUUUGUCUACAAGUGGUUUACCGAAGAACCCUGGACGCGCGAGAUCCAAGGUGGACCUUACCAAUCCACAGAUGAGCAACCUCAAGAGUUCGUUGGCCAUUAUCGAGCUCGUAGCUCAAGUUCCCUUUCGUAUCUCGGCCCCAGUCGACCGUGACGUCGAUAUGGCAGCUUACACCAAGUGGAAGUCCCACGUCCUCGCCGUGGCCGAGAAGCUGGAAGUGGCGUUGUUCGCUAACUUCAAGCUCUUGGACGGAAAAGACGUGGCGUCCAGCGCGUCGAGCCUACGUACUCGCUUCGGCGACUGCGUGAGAGGGCCUACCGCCACGACAACAAAGAUCGUGGAUAUGGCCUCGGCGACCCAGCGCAUGCUCGACGGCAAGACGCUAUGGGACGAGGUCACUCCCGUCAACUACGAUGGCCUCCCGAAGCUUAUUCUGAAGCAUCUACAGUAGAUGACCAUUCACGUCUAUGUUACAUAAAAUACUCUCAUUCUAAGUCUCUUCA